AAAACCAGUUAGUUACACAUAAUGUAUUUAACUUGAACUCUGAUAUCUUAUGGAUAAUGAGAGCAACAUCGUUUCAGAACCAAGGACAGCUCUCGACAGUCAACAUGAUCUCCGCGGUGACGAAGGAUCGCGUGCAGGCACUCAUGACCAGUUUGACAUCUGAAGUGAUGGACACCACUACAACUUUGCCGACGCUAAGUUUUAUGGACAACGAGACCAGAUGCGGACAUCCGAUUUUGAAUUACGGACAUGUUGAGAAAGUGCUCGUCGGAGGAGUUCUGACCUUGCUUACCCUUUUAACAGUUUGCGGGAAUCUUCUGGUGGUCAUUUCAGUGUGUUUCGUGAAGAAACUAAAGCAACCUUCUAAUUAUUUAAUCGUUUCUCUGGCCGUUGCAGACCUUUCGGUGGCGGUGGUCGUCAUGCCGUUUGUCAGCAUCACUGACCUCAUCGGAGGACAGUGGAUUUUUGGUCGUGUUUUCUGUAAUGUUUUUAUCGCCAUGGACGUGAUGUGCUGCACCGCUUCAAUAAUGACACUGUGUGUCAUUAGCAUAGACAGAUACCUGGGCAUUACUAAGCCAUUGACGUAUCCUAUGAGACAGAGUGGAAAGUGCAUGGCCAAAAUAGUGCUUUCUGUAUGGCUUCUCUCUGCCUCCAUCACCCUACCCCCACUGUUUGGAUGGGCUCAGAAUGUCAAUGAUGACAAUGUGUGUCUGAUCAGCCAGGACCUGGGCUACACUAUAUACUCCACUGCCGUGGCUUUCUACAUCCCCAUGUCCGUGAUGCUCAUUAUGUAUUACCGGAUAUACAGGGUGGCGAAGGUGAGUGCCGCCAAGCACACGAUCGCUGGCUUUCCCAAAGCGGAAGACGAGGAAAGCGUGAACUGCGUGACUGCGGCCCUAAAGCUGCAGAGGGAGGUGAAAGAGUGCGUGAGCUUUUCUCGCCGUCUCAAAAGUAAUCGUAAAAACAUCUCCAUCUUCAAAAGGGAGCAGAAGGCGGCGGCCACCCUUGGGAUUGUCGUGGGGGCUUUCGCCGUGUGCUGGAUGCCCUUCUUCCUGCUGUCCACGGCGCGUCCGUUCAUCUGUGGGGUGCAAUGCAGCUGCGUGCCUCUGUGGGUGGAGAGGACGCUGCUGUGGCUAGGCUAUGCCAACUCACUCAUAAACCCCUUCAUUUAUGCAUUCUUCAACAGGGACCUUCGGACCACCUACCACAACCUCAUUCGCUGCCGCUAUCGGAACAUCAACCGCAAGCUCUCGGCAGCCAGCAUGCACGAGGCUUUGAAACUUGCUGAGAGACCUGACCUGGUGCUGUAGGCUGUCUGUACCCUUCAUGUCUCUCUAGGGACUGAUGCAGGCACACGGAGGCUGAGAGACGUUUUUGACAAAUUCCUUAUUGCUCUCGAGCAGGAGC